AUGGUUUUAGCAGAAUCCCUAACGUUAAGUGAAAAUCCUUGUAUUGAGCUAUUUGAGCAAGUCCAGGGAGGUGACAACACACAUUUUCAGGUAUGGGUUUGGGGGUCGGGAGCAUGUCUGGCCCUGGGGUCGUCCGAUGCGACCAUGCUCAGGCCUCGUCCCAUCGAGGAGCUGGCAGGACUGAGGAUUGUCGACAUCUCUGCAGGAGAUUCGCACGCUCUUGCACUCACCCAUGAAGGCGAGGUCUAUGCCUGGGGAUCAAACACAAUGGGUCAGUGUGGCCAGGGACACACAGUAUCACCCAUUACGAGACCAAAGAAAGUUAUGGGGCUAGAUGUUGCUGUGCAUCAGAUCAGUGCAGGAACCACACAUUCUAUGGCCUGGACAGCCAUACCAACUGAUCGACGAGUGGUAUCCUGGCACCGGCCAUUCUGCGUUGACCUGCAGGAAGGAACGUUUUCUCUGCUACGUACAUUCAUUGAGCUUUACUGCUGCUUUGACGAUACUGAACAGCCUGUAAAACCUUUUGCUUCUGUCAGACAUUUUCUAGGAUCGGAGGCAGCACCCCUUCGGCAGUUGCUCUUCAGACUAGUAGAUGCGAAGUUACCCCGGGCAAUAGAGGCAGGCGUGUGUGAAGGACUUAGCUCGCCACUCCUCCUGCCGCCUUUAGCCUCUCGUAUGAGCCUCCUCUACAAUCUCCUCCCGAAGUCACCGGAAGACUGGGGGCAGCUCUCGCGUGGCCAGCGUCUGCAACUUGGAAUUCUGGUAGUGAGUCUCGAGGACCACAGCCAUGUAGCUGCUCUGCUGGGUUAUGGGUCCCCUGAGGAUGCCCCUUCUAUGCAACACGGCUCAUCUACUACACUGCCUCAAGACCUCAUGCACACACUGUUGGCAAAUCUGAGAUUCCAUGCAGAACACCAGUUAAAUCAAAUUCUUGAAGAAGAAAAGCCAGCCAAAAGUGGGCUCCUGAAAGACACCCGUCACAUUUGCCAACCGGCGACCCAGCAAGCCAGCUAUGAUGUGGAAGUGAAGGGACCACAAGUCACCUCGGUGCAAGAGCCUCAGGCUGCGUGUCAAGAGAGCUCACCAGGAAUGCAGCAAGGACAACAAAAACUACCAACCAUUGCCAUUCAGGAUUAUGGCAAAGACAAAGUAGGGCCCAGCAGCUACGAAACAAGACACCAGUAUAUAGACUCGCAGCUUGGGGGUACUCAUCCUCAACAUCUGCUUCGCCUGUUAUCCACGCUUCACUCACACCUCCUGGCUUACUGUACUCACCAUCAGUUUGAAGAGAAGUCAGCGAGCAUGCAUCUCUUAUAUGAUCAUCUGAGUGAGCUCUUGGAGGUGUGUGGUGAACUGCUAAAACAGACGUCCAAGCUGUUGGCCUCACAUCCUGGACUCGCUCAUCUCAUUCACGAUGUUGUCUACCGGAGUGUGUGUGGCUGGGUCAUGGCCCACAUUGUGUAUGCACUUCUGCUUUUCCCGGCCAGGCUGGUUCGGCCUCUGCUUGGCCCCCUGAGAGCCAUUCUCCCCAUUCUGGACUCGACAAAUCGCACCAUAGCCUCUGUCACUUCUUUUACUGACCAAGAAGAUGUGACCUCAGAAGUUGACACACCCACUCCUGAUACAGUUAAGAGUGUUGGUGGUGGGGUUGUUGGUCGUCAGUGGGCCUGGCUGUUGGACGUAGAACGAGCCUGUGGACUUGUGGUUGGCCGCUGCUUGGAAGGGAUGCUUCUCGGGCCACCUUUGACACCAAAUGAAGUCCGUUGUAAACCUUGGCUCUCCACACAGCUCUUCUGCAGUGGUCUUGCUGUGGAAAAUUUAUGUCCAGACAAAGUUACCCGAACCAUCAAUUACGUCUUAAGUAUUGUUGAGUGUGGAAAACAACUUGUGAUUGAAGCUCUGCAGAAUAUGACAGCAGCCUUCCCGCAACUUGCAACAGUUCUUGAGUCAGAGAGCCAAAUGAUGCUCUGGAUGGAGGAAAUGGCAUGUGGCGAGGACUGGGAUACGUGUGAGGUUAAGGAUGACCCACUCCUGGAUACGUCAACACACCUUCUGCUCUCUACCUUUCUGAUGCAUUCAGAAAUUUCUCAGUCACAGCUCAGUCUCCACUUCUGUGGUGUGAUGCGAGAGGUGUUUAGACUGGUGUAUCACAUAAGGAGACGACUCGUCACGCUGAAGACUCAGGAGACAACAGUUAAAAUACCAGCAAUAGCAACUGAAAUUAUAUCAUCACCAGAAGUUCACGAGCGAUCGCAAGAUGGAUCAGAGUCUGCGCAGGAUGAAGAACGUGCUCGCGUGGAAUUGGUUGAGCAGAUGCUGUCUCUGAGAGUGUCUCUAAACCAUGAACCAGGGUCAACAGAAGACCAGGAGGAAGUGCGUGAGCUGAGGGAACGUCUGAUGGCCAUGAGAACUCAGGGACCUUUUGAAGACCAAGAUGCAGAUGAAGGUGGUCAGGAUCCCGUGGAAGAGGGUGUGAGUUACGAGGCUGCUAAUAUACACAUCAUUACCCAGUGUCUUGUUCUGAUGAUGUGUGUGCAACCUGCAAAACUCUUCAACCAACCACCAAUGGAAUUAUCCAUCCAGGAAGUGAUUGGGAUUGUGUUAGGACGUUGCGUCGAAGUGCUGAGGUUCGUUGGAGCCGAGGACCACCAGCUGUCCCACAUUAAAACCACCCACACCCUUCCUCCAGGACCAGAGGUGCUGCUGGCAUCUAUGACCAUCCAGCAGGCCAGAGCAGAGUCUCGCCUCAAAGCCUUGGAACUGAUGUUGAGUCUGUUGACACCGGCCCAGGAUGGAGAGAAGAGUGAGGAGGACGGCAGACAGAGUGCCUCUCUGGAAAAGACGUGUGGAUCUCUCUUGCCUUCU